CCUACAAAAUUUAUAGUCAGCAAUUAGCAUCAUCAUCGUCUCCCCCCCCCUCCCCAUAUCCAGUCACUUCCUCGCUCUGUUUUAACUCAGACACUGUCUUUCGCUCUCUUUCUCACCUAUUUUCUCGGAAAAUCCAAACAUAGUACAAAGGGUGUGUUUUUUGAGAGCGAAAGGAAAUAACAGAGGCCUUGGCUCUUCUUCCUUCAAAACAAAUAGAAAUGGAAGGUGGGUUACACAUAGAGGCCGAUUCCUCAGCUUUCAGAGAAUGCUUCUCUCUGGCAUGGAAAAACCCUUAUGUUCUUCGCCUCGCCUUCUCCGCUGGGAUUGGUGGCCUUCUCUUUGGCUAUGACACAGGAGUGAUAUCAGGAGCACUUCUUUACAUAAGAGAUGAAUUCGAGGAGGUGGAUAAAAAUACUUUCUUGCAGGAGAGCAUAGUGAGCAUGGCAGUUGCAGGAGCAAUCAUUGGAGCUGCAAUUGGCGGAUGGCUGAAUGACCGCUAUGGACGGAGAACUGCAAUCUUAAUAGCAGACUUUCUGUUCUUUGUAGGUGCUGUGAUCAUGGCUGCUGCUAAUGGUUCAUCUCUUCUUAUAGUUGGACGUAUUUUUGUUGGACUAGGGGUUGGAAUGGCAUCAAUGACAGCUCCUUUGUACAUCUCUGAAGCUUCCCCAGCAAAAAUCCGUGGUGCCCUUGUUAGUACCAAUGGAUUUCUUAUAACUGGAGGCCAGUUCCUUUCAUACCUUAUCAACUUGGCCUUCACCAAGGCACCUGGUACGUGGCGGUGGAUGCUUGGAGUUGCAGGACUUCCUGCUCUGAUUCAGUUUGUGUUAAUGUUUUUUCUUCCAGAGUCACCCCGUUGGCUAUACCGCAAGGGAAGGGAAGAAGAGGCCAAAACCUUACUAAGGAAAAUAUACUCCGCCAAUGAGGUAGAAGCAGAGAUCCAAGCUCUAAAGGAAUCAGUUGAGGCAGAGAUCCAGGCAAAAGGAUCGUCUGGAAAGAUUACCUAUGCUGAACUAUGGAAAACCAAAACAGUAAGGAGAGGACUAAUUGCUGGAGUUGGCCUUCAGGUCUUCCAGCAGUUUGUGGGCAUAAACACAGUUAUGUACUACAGCCCCACCAUAUUUCAAUUAGCUGGAAUUGCAUCUAAUCGAACUGCACUCCUCCUCUCACUCGUCACUGCUGGCCUCAAUGCCUGUGGCUCUAUUGUGAGCAUCUACUUUAUUGACAGGACUGGGAGGAAGAAACUUCUAAUUAUUAGUUUGUUUGGUGUUAUACUCUCACUUGGGCUUUUAUCAGGGAUAUUUUAUCAUACUUCGACCCAUUCGCCAUUGGUUACAGCAACUGCAACUUCUAAAUUUACAAAUUACACCUGCCCAGAUUACAGUUCUGCUGUAAACGCCAACAGGUGGGACUGUAUGAAGUGUUUGAAGGCUUCAUCUCCAGACUGUGGGUUCUGUGCCUCAGCCACUAAUAAGCUAUUUCCAGGGGAGUGUUUGAUUUCAAAUAACACAGUGAAGGACUCGUGCCACGGAGAAGACAGGUUAUGGUACACCAGGGGAUGUCCUAGCAAAACUGGAUGGCUUGCACUUGUAGGCCUGGCACUUUACAUCAUAUUCUUCUCCCCAGGAAUGGGAACUGUCCCGUGGAUAGUCAACUCCGAGAUAUAUCCUCUACGAUAUCGAGGCAUCUGUGGAGGAAUCGCCGCCACAGCAAACUGGAUCUCAAACCUCAUUGUUGCACAGUCCUUCCUGACUUUAACGCAUGCAAUUGGGACUUCCUGGACAUUCCUCAUUUUCGGGGUCAUUUCAGUUGUAGCCCUGUUCUUUGUCUUGAUCUGCGUCCCAGAAACAAAGGGACUUCCAAUCGAGGAGGUGGAGAAGAUGCUGGAGCUUAGAGCUUUACACUUCAGGUUCUGGGAGAAAAGUGCUGACGCAAAUUACAAGAACCAAGCUGCCUGAAAAUAAGCUCGAAGUUUUACAUGUUGAUUGAGAUUAGCACAGGGAAUCUGGAUGAGAAAUGACUUGUACAAGUUCCAAAUAAAUAAGUUUUGCACAAUUUUUUUGUAAAAAAGUGGACUCUAUUUUGAAAAAGUAUAAAAAAAAUUAUUCUUUUUUAAUUGGAUCCACUUUUUUAUAAAAAGUCUGCUGGAGACUUGUUUAUUUGGAACUUAUAUCUAGUACUCCUUUAAUAAGUUGCACUCUCAACUAGCGUAUAGUUAUUUAGUGUUUAGUUAAUAAUUAUCCUUAAUCUAGAAUGAAAAUGAUAUUAAAAUUAAUAAAAAAAGGAAAAUUGAAUAUUAAAAAUACUUCAGAGAA